AUGGCUUCAAACAUUCCAAUUGAUUUGAACAAACCUCCUUACGACGUAGAAGAUGCAGUCUCGAGAUCUUCACAAAAUAUUAUAAUCGAGCUAAAUGCCGACGAAACCCGAAAAUUGGAUACCAUGUCCGAAUCAUCUGUGGAAGAGAUAGUUAGCCAGCAAGCCAAUGGUGAAGAAGAAGAUAGAGACAUUGAAGGUGUAGUUCAAGGGCACGUAAUAUCGGGUGGGCAAGAAAUUUUCAAUGGGUUUGACGGCCGCAAUGGUGAAGCAGGAGAAACAAGCCAAGAAAAUGUUCAAGGGAGAAAGAACAAGAUCCUAACUGACGAUGAACGGUGGGCAAUUUAUCAUGCUUUGUUGGAGAAAAGUGUAAAUGGUAAAUUAAAAAAGAACACAACAAAAGAAGUGAAAGAUAUGUUCAAUAUUCUGGAGCUGCAAAGUGUUCAAAGAAUAUGGAAAAUUCACAAAAGAACUUCACCCGGCUCAGAGGUGGAUGUUUCUUCGAGGGAGGCACGGAAUUGUGGUCGUAAACAAAUUGAGGGAACGGUUCGAUUGGAGGUGGAUCGGAAGGACUUCAGUCAUGCCUGGAGA